AUGUUCGGAAAAAACUAUGUCUGCACGUAUAUUGCGCAGUAUUUAUACAGGAAGGGCAUGCAAAGUCAGUUCGUACAUCUGUUCAUCGGCAGUUUGCAUUUCCCACACGAUCAAGAAGUCCAAACCUAUCAGGACCAGCUUCGUCACUGGGUCAAAGGAAAUGUGACCCGUUGCGAACGUUCCCUGUUUAUUUUUGAUGAGGUUGACAAAAUGGCUCCCGGUACCCUGAACGCCAUUAAGCCGUUCUUGGACUUUCACGACAAAAUAGACGGGGCUGACUUCCGCAAGAGUAUAUUUAUUUUCCUAAGCAACAGUGGCGGAAAUGAUAUUACGAAGCGAACAUUACAGCACUGGAAGCAGGGAGAGUCACGAGAGUCGAUUACCCGGGCUGAAAUGGAGAACAUCAUCACUCUGGCAGCGUUCAAUGAGGAAGGCGGUUUCAAGUACAGUAGGUUGAUCGCUUCGCACCUCGUCGAUCACUUUGUACCGUUCCUGCCGUUGGAGAAAGAGCACAUCCGCAACUGUAUCGUUGACUACUUAGUGCUGCGUGGUUUCGAUGCCCAAUUGGUUUCCGAAGAGAAACUGUUCGAAAUCGCUGACUCGUUGCAGUACUAUCCGAAAGAGUUCGGAGUAUACUCUACCUCUGGUUGUAAGCGCGUUGUUCAAAAGGUGGAUCUGUUUCUCGGUGAAGAUCAAGAGCUUCAGAAGCAGCUGCUGAUCAAUGACAACAUUUAG